GGGUGGCUUCGUGGAAUACUUUUCUGACAGAAAUGCUUCAAAAUAAAGAAAAAAUAGCCCUGAAUAAAAAAUCUAUAAUGUAACAGGAGAUGAAAGGUAAAAUAAACCCUGUGAAGUGUGUGCUCGGUGCCGCCGCGUGAGGUGGUGUGGCGCCUGGGUUAGCAGCCAGAGCAGGUGACAUCAUGGCACUAGGCUCAGAAGCCCACGGGGUUUGUGAGGUUUGCCAAGGGUUUUGAAGCCCACAGGUGAGAAGUUCCGCGUCUGCAAAGCAGGAUCCUUAAACCCACUUCUGGGGUCCUUCCUUCCUCCCUUACGCUUUAAUAAAGUAGGAGGGAGAAGAAGACCCCUCAGGAGCUCAUAACAGUGCAAAGACUAAUAGUGCAAGGCAGUCAGUCCUCUUCCUGCACCUGCACGAAGAGACGCGGCUGUAUUUGACACCUAAUGCCCGUUCCUCUUUUUUUCAGAGCACAGCAGGUCACUGUGCUGAGCGCAGGAAAGAUGGAGGCUGAAUCAGAAAGUUUGCUCUGUGGAAAAUGAAAGCGCUUGCUACAAAACUGAAAAUUAAGCUAAUGCAGAUAAUAGCUGAAAUAUAGAGUCUCAUCAGUGAAGUGAGGUGAAAGCAAAUUGGUGGGUUACCAUUUCAUGGCAGGUUUAAAAAAUGGCUGAAGAUGGCAGCGAUGAGACUAUGUUUAUUUGGUGCGAGGACUGUGGGCAGUACCAUGAUUCAGAGUGUCCUGAGCUGGGCCCGGUGGUGACGGUCAAAGACUCCUUUGUGUUGAGCAGGGCCAGAUCAUCGCUGCCUUCUAAUUUGGAGAUAAGACAAUUGGAAGAUGGGACUGAAGGAGUAUUUGCUUUGACGCAGCUAGUGAAACGUACGCAGUUUGGCCCAUUUGAAUCCAAGAGAGUUGCCAAGCUUGAAAAAGAAUCAGUUUUUCCACUGAAGGUGUUCCAGAAGGAUGGGCCCCUGGUUUACUUUGACACCUCAAAUGAAGAUGAUUGCAACUGGAUGAUGAUGGUGCGGCCAGCCACUGAGCACGAACAUCAAAAUUUAACUGCCUUCCAGCAUGAUAAUGAUAUUUACUUCACCACCUCCCGGGACAUCCCACCAGGAACUGAGCUGCGAGUGUGGUAUGCAGCUUUUUACGCCAAAAAAAUGGAAAAGCCAGUGCUGAAGCAGGUCUCUAGUAUUGCCAAUGAUAUGUGCUUGGUAGUGAUGGAAUAUGAUAAAGAGGGGAACAAAGUCUCUUCAAAGCCUUCGACUGCUGUCUUCCCCCAUAAAAAAACGAAAAAAUCCAGCAUACCAGUAGCUGAUCCAGCAGUGAACGCUUCAGAAGGCAGCGGAGCUACAGAAGCAGAGUCUAGCCAGUGGACGUGUAAAGUCUGUUCUUCUGCUUUCCAAGAGCCUCAGCUGCUGACAGAGCACUUGCUGAGUCACCUGGAACAAGCUAAAGGUGCUCCCCAAGCCAGCCAAAAUGAGGCUGUUGCAGCGAAAGCAACAGAGACUCCCCCCGCGGAUCCGCCAGUGGUUUGUGAUGCAGCUAGUGCCAGUACAGACUCAAGGAGGAAGGCCAGACGGGGAAGAAAGCCCAAAACAGCAAAAGCAGAAACACCCCUUGUCGUUGUUGAAGAGAAGGGGCCUGCAGCGGAACGUGUAGCUGACACUGCGACUGAAGUCCCGCCGGAUGAGGUAGCCCUGCCUUCAGCUGCAGAAGAGAGGAUUAUGGAAUUGGUUUUAGGAAAGAUGCCUAGCACCACAAACAGCAUCAGUUCAGUCACAAAUAGGUUUGCUCAUCACCAAAACACCAUGUCCCUCAAAAGAAGUUUAAUUCUCUCCAGUAGACAUGGUAUACGGCGGAAGCUGAUAAAACAACUUGGGGAGCACAAACGAGUCUAUCAAUGCAGUAUCUGCAGUAAGAUCUUCCAGAACAGCAGCAACCUCAGCAGGCACAUCCGUUCUCAUGGUGACAAACUAUUUAAAUGUGAGGAAUGCACAAAGCUGUUCAGCCGUAAAGAGAGCUUGAAGCAGCAUGUUUCGUACAAGCACAGCAGGAACGAAGUUGACAACGAGUACAGAUACAAGUGCACAACAUGUGAAAAGGCCUUUCGGAUAGAGAGUGCGUUGGAAUUCCAUAACUGCAGGACAGAUGACAAGACAUUCCAGUGUGAGAUGUGUUUCAGAUUCUUUUCUACAAACAGUAAUCUUUCCAAACACAAGAAAAAGCAUGGGGAUAAGAAGUUUGCAUGUGAAAUCUGCAAUAAGAUGUUCUACAGGAAGGAUGUCAUGCUAGACCAUCAAAGACGACACCUGGAAGGGGUGAGGCGUGUGAAAAGAGAAGAAUUUGAACACAGCACGGAAAACAUGGUUCGCUACAAGAAGGAGCCUUCGGGAUGCCCCGUUUGUGGGAAGGUAUUUUCAUGCAGAAGCAAUAUGAACAAACACCUUUUAACACAUGGAGACAAGAAGUACACCUGUGAAAUCUGUGGGCGGAAAUUUUUCAGGGUGGAUGUGCUGAGAGAUCAUAUUCACGUCCAUUUUAAGGAUAUAGCACUAAUGGACGAUCACCAGAGAGAAGAAUUCAUUGGUAAAAUUGGAAUCUCAUCAGAGGAAAACGAUGACAACUCUGAUGAAAGUGCAGAUUCUGAGCCUCACAAGUAUAGCUGCAAAAGGUGCCAGUUAACUUUCGGCCGAGGGAAGGAGUACCUGAAGCAUAUAAUGGAUGUGCACAAGGAGAAAGGCUAUGGCUGUAGCAUUUGUAAUCGACGUUUUGCUUUGAAGGCAACUUACCAUGCACACAUGGUCAUUCAUCGGGAGAACCUGCCUGAUCCUAAUGUACAGAAAUAUAUCCAUCCAUGUGAAAUCUGUGGAAGGAUUUUUAACAGUAUAGGGAAUCUGGAAAGACAUAAGCUUAUACAUACAGGUGUAAAAAGUCAUGCUUGUGAGCAAUGUGGCAAAUCAUUUGCUAGGAAAGACAUGUUAAAAGAACACAUGCGGGUCCAUGAUAAUAUCCGAGAAUACUUGUGUGCAGAAUGUGGCAAAGGAAUGAAGACAAAACAUGCACUUCGUCACCACAUGAAGCUUCACAAAGGGAUUAAAGAAUACGAGUGCAAGGAAUGUCACCGAAAAUUUGCACAGAAAGUCAACAUGCUGAAGCAUUACAAAAGACACACAGGAAUCAAAGAUUUUAUGUGUGAGCUCUGUGGGAAGACUUUUAGUGAGAGAAAUACGAUGGAGACUCAUAAGCUAAUUCAUACAGUAGGAAAACAGUGGACAUGUUCAGUCUGCGAUAAGAAGUAUGUCACUGAUUACAUGCUCCAGAAGCACAUACAGCUCACGCAUGAUAAGGUAGAAGCCCAGAGCUGUCAGCUGUGUGGGACAAAGGUUUCUACCAGAGCAUCCAUGAGUCGACAUAUGAGGCGUAAACAUCCAGAGAUUCUUUCAGUGAGGAUUGAUGAUUUAGAGCAGCUGCCAGAGACUACUACCAUUGAUGCCUCCUCAAUUGGGAUUGUUCAGCCAGAAUUAGCCUUGGAACAGAGCGAAUUACCAGAAGGGAAACAGCACAUGAAAGCUCCUAAACGUGGCCAGAAACGGAAGCAAAAGUCAGGUGAGGAGGAGGAAGCUCAAGUGCCUGAGGACCCUGCCUUCAGCGAAUACACAGAAAAGGAAGCUGAGUUUACAGGAAAUGUUGGAGAUGAAACUAACUCAGCUGUACAGAGCAUUCAGCAGGUGGUGGUGACCCUUGGCGACCCCAAUGUCACAGCCCCGUCCAGUUCCGUCGGGCUGACAAACAUCACCGUUACCCCCAUUACAACGGCGGCUGGCACCCAAUUCACAAACCUCCAGCCGGUGGCAGUGGGCCACCUGGCUGCGCCCGAGCGCCAGCUGCAGCUGGACAACUCCAUUCUCACCGUGACGUUUGACACCGUCAGUGGUUCCGCCAUGCUGCACAACCGCCAGAAUGACAUUCAGAUCCAGCCGCAGCCGGAGGCCGCCAACCCUCAGUCUGUGGCCCAUUUUAUAAACCUGACCACCUUGGUGAACUCCAUUGCUCCUCUGGGGAACCAGAUAACAGAACAGCAUCCUCUGACGUGGAGGUCAGUGCCUCAAACUGAUGUCUUGCAGCCCCAGGCACAGCCAACGCAACAGCAGUCAGGACAGCAACAGGUUCAAACAGAGCAACAACAACAGAUGUAUAGCUACUAAUUUAUACUUUGAAAAGUUGAAAUGGACAGUACUUAGAGACAAAAAGACGCAGACACUUGGAAAAUUUCUAAUAGGAUUGUUUGCUGGAUACCAAACAGAUGGGAAAAUGUUUAUACAAUGAAAUGUAAGCUGAAAUUGGCAUAGCACCCUGCAACACCCUAAUUUUGAGAUUCUCAUAUCGUCUCUAGACCUUGCACUGUCUUUCAAAAA